UAGUCGAGUCGAGUCGAGUCCAUCCGCCUAGCAGCUGGCCUUCCUUCUCUCCUCUCCUCCGGCGGCGCCACCGACAGCAAUCAACCCUUGAUCGUCGAUCCCUGAGGGUAGCAUGGCUACCGUCGGCAGCUGCAGCGGUCAUGAGGAGGAGGAUGUCCUGCUCGACGGCCAUGCCUACAUCGGCAACAAACCCAACCACACCACCGCCGUCGACUUCACCAGGAACUUCGAGCGACUCGUGGCCUCCUUCUGGAGAGCGCCGCCGCCGCUCCCCUCCACCCUGUACGUGUACAGCCCCGACAUCUCGGAUCCCGCCGCCUUCUCGGAGGCUCCACGCAUCAUCCGCAUGGUGAGAGGCUUCAUCCUCUUCCGCGUCGUCAUCCGCUCCCGUCACCGCUUCUGCAUACCCAUGGAGGAUUUCGACUACUUCGUCUACAACGUCCAUGGCCGGGCGCUCUACAGGAUCACCAACCCGGCGCCGCUCUCCUUCCACGACGACGUCGUCGGCCUCCUGCCCCGGCCUUUCCGUACGAGUGCCCGCUGCUCCGUCGCCGCGCUGGUGCCCACGCCCAACCCUAGCGUGUUCGCGCUCCACGUAUUUCACUCGGAUAUCGGGAGAUGGGCAUCCACCCAGGUGGUUCUCAAGGAUCCACAGCAAGAUUUCCCAAUCAAAAUCCCCAGGAACGCUCGUCGCCUCUUGAGCCAUUACCCAAGCACCGUGAUUACGAUUGGUGGUGAAGGCGGCACCAUGGGCUGGGUCGAUCUCUGGCGGGGCAUUCUUCUCUGCGACAUACUCUCCCCGGAUCCCGUCCUCCGAGGUGUACCUUUGCCCUUGCCAAGGGUGCUGUUCAAACCUGAUGGUUUGUCGAUUUGGAUGUCAGUUGCACACGGCUUCCUGAUGAAGAUGAAAGUGGCAGGCCCUCCUUCUGGUUUGAUAGCUGGAGUGUCAAGCAACUUCAAGAUGAGCAAUUCCUUCGACGACUGGAAGAACGACUGCAUGCCAGUCCACGCAGAUAUCAUCAUCUUGAAAGAGCAGAUGCGUAUGCAACUGCUGGAGUACAAACUGCUGCGGAAGAAGCCAUCACAGGACAGCAAGAGUGUGUCCACCAACGCAGAUUGGAAAUUGGAGAACCUCUGGGUUUCUCAACCCACUCCCAGCAUGCUUCCUCCGAAUAUUGUUUACCUGAUUGCCAGGGCCGAAUUCAUGCAUCCCAAGGCUUAUGUUCUAGCUGUUGACAUGAUAAAAAGAGAAGUGCAUGGUGUGACGGAGUUUGGAACCAUGAGGGAAUUGGCCCCAGAUAUCAUUUGUAUCCCUGGUAGUGUCUCCCCAGCAUAAGUUGAGAGCAGAUCAAGGAGCAGGAGCCCGGUCGAGGAAGGAUACGGUGGUGGAUCCACACGGAGAGAGAGGUCGCUCUCUGUCAGUGAAUGAGGUCUAGAGCUACCGGUAAUCUUCAACUUGUAGUCGCUAUGGCUUUGCGAACCAUAUGUUACUGUCGUGCUGUAGUGGUAUCAAUAACUUGGCAAAUGUUGUGUCAUUACGCCUUUCCUGGAAGAUUGCAAACAUAUUAAGUUACAACGCCGGUGAAUUCUGCUCACUUUGGAGUUGUUCU